AUGAUGACAGCCAUGGGCGGAAGUGACCUGAACAAGCCGACGGGUGACCUCAACCAAGCAGAGCGAGGGGAGAUGCCAGUUGUGCAGGGUAUCCCAGUCGUUGGCCCAAGUCCCGGCAUUUUGGGUGCACCCCAGCUCGCAGCCCCAGCUCCUGUCUUCACACUGCCCCCAGAGUGGCUUGUUGUCUUGAAUUACCGAGUGGCUGUCAUGUGCUUUGCCUUCAUCAACCUGCUGACCAUCGUGCUGAACAUUGUUACCGCAAUCAUGGACAGGGACAGAUUUCCCUGGGAUCCUAGUUGGGGAACUUGGCCGGUGAUCGUCACCGGAGUGGUGUUCAUGCUUGGCCCCAUCUGCGGCCUCAUCGGUGCCAGAUAUCUCAAGCGUGGACUUGUGACUGUGUAUCUUGGCUUCAGCUUUCUACAGUGCGCAAGCCAGAUAGCUUUUGCAGUCUCGACAUUCUGGCUCUCGGCGAUCUUCUUUGCAUUCGUACAGGUCUGGGUGACAAAGAUCGUGGCUACCUUUUGGCACUGUUUGGGCACGGUUCCAUGUGAGCAUCGCAGCCAGUUGCUGGAACUGAAGGACGAAGAGGUGCACAUGGUGUACUGGUAG